AUGUAUUCUGGCAGAUACGAACGGGUUGUGAAGUCGAGAGAAACGCGCAUCACCGGCUUCGUCACACACAUAUUAAUUGGGCUGUCCAUCCUGGCCAAGGACAUCUUGAACAAGAUCCCUGUCUCCGUGCUGUGGGGAUUCCUACUGUACCUGGGUCUUACCUCACUCGAUGGCAACCAGAUGUGGGAGCGAGUGCUUCUUCUCUUUACACAAGAAGAGAAGUACCCUCCCAAUCACUACGUACGACGGGUGCCCAUCAAGAAAAUACAUCUCUACACACUACUGCAGGUGGUGUUGCUCGUCAUUCUUUGGUUUGUGAAG